CGUAGUACGUUCUCCAGUACCGUUGGACGACAUCGCGUCACGCUUCCGUACCCGUUCCGAGGCGCUGCCAUCCGACAGCGACGUAGAAUAACAUUUUCGUUUUCCAUCUCUGCCGCCCCGGUGCGUUCGCAUAGUACAUCUGUACCACUACCCCACUAUCUGUACAACACGUACGUAACGCGGUCGUGCAAGCGUCUUGCCGGCGAGGAGAUAAAUCAAAAAGAUCCGCAGCACCGUCAUGGAAGAGUUUUUGAACAAAAAAUACAAGCUGCACUCCAGCGACAAGUUCGAGCAGUACAUGAAAGCUGUCGGUGUCGGUAUGUUGACCCGCAAAAUGGGUAACACCGUAUCACCGGUGGUGGAGCUGACCAAAACCGACGACGGCAAGUAUUCGCUGUCGUCAAACUCAGCGUUUAAAAACACAUCAAUCAAGUUCAACCUAAACGAAGAAUUCGACGAGGAGACACCGGAUGGUCGUAAAGUGAAGUCGACCAUAACCCAGGAGGGUAACAAGUUGAUACAUGUCCAAAAGAACGACAAACUCAGCACCACGAUCGUUAGAGAAUUUCAGCCGGAUGAACUGAAAAUGGUCUUAACUGUUGGCGAUAUCGUUUGCACCAGGAUCUACAAACCAGUCCAAUAAAAUAUAUAUUAUACUAUUAUAUAUUUACUACAACUCAGAUCUUUUGCAGACCCCAUCCGAAAAACUUGGUUAACUAUAAUUUGUGUCCAAUUGUAAUGUUAUGAUUACAUGAACUAUAUUUAUUUUAUUUUAACUUUGGUC